CUCUACGCUCGGCCGCGGCCUCUAUCGACUUGCUCCGGCUCCGCUCGCCGUCCUGGGCCGCGGCGGAGCGCAGAGCCGCGUGUAAGAAGUCGGGUCCAGUGCAGACCCAAGCCUUCUUCCACACCAUGAACACGUCCCCGGGCACGGUGGGCAGUGACCCGGUCAUCUUGGCCACCGCGGGCUAUGACCACACGGUGCGCUUCUGGCAGGCCCACAGUGGGAUCUGUACCCGCACGGUGCAGCAUCAGGACUCUCAGGUGAACGCCCUGGAGAUCACGCCUGACCGCAGCAUGAUCGCGGCUGCAGGUUACCAGCACAUUCGCAUGUACGAUCUCAGCUCCAACAACCCCAACCCCAUCAUCAGCUACGACGGGGUCAACAAGAACAUCGCGUCCGUGGGCUUCCAUGAGGACGGUCGGUGGAUGUACACGGGUGGGGAGGACUGCACUGCUCGGAUCUGGGACCUCAGGUCCCGCAACCUACAGUGUCAGCGGAUCUUCCAGGUGAACGCACCCAUUAACUGCGUGUGCCUGCACCCCAACCAGGCGGAGCUCAUCGUGGGUGACCAGAGCGGCGCCAUCCACAUCUGGGACUUGAAGACCGACCACAACGAGCAGCUGAUACCCGAGCCUGAGGUCUCCAUCACGUCUGCCCACAUUGACCCCGAUGCCAGCUACAUGGCAGCCGUCAACAGCACCGGGAACUGCUACGUCUGGAAUCUGACUGGGGGCAUUGGCGACGAGGUGACACAGCUCAUCCCCAAGACCAAGAUCCCUGCACACACCCGCUACGCCCUGCAGUGCCGCUUCAGCCCUGACUCCACGCUCCUUGCCACCUGCUCGGCUGACCAGACGUGCAAGAUCUGGAGGACGUCCAACUUCUCCCUGAUGACAGAGCUCAGCAUCAGGAGCAGCAACCCGGGAGAGUCAUCCCGAGGCUGGAUGUGGGGCUGCGCCUUCUCGGGGGACUCUCAGUACAUCGUCACCGCCUCCUCUGACAACCUGGCCCGGCUCUGGUGCGUGGAGACAGGAGAGAUCAAGAGAGAGUACGGGGGCCAUCAGAAAGCUGUGGUCUGCUUGGCCUUCAACGACAGCGUGCUGGGCUAACCUGGGCCCCCUCGGAGCCGCAGGCAGCUGUCCAGGCAGCACCUGCUGAAUACGUCUGUUCAGAUGCCCGGCUCGGAGGGAACCUCCACCGGCCCAGGCCAGCUGGCCCUGCCUGGCUACCCUGGUCCCCUCGGCCGGCUUCCAGGGGCCAGGCCGGUAUGGCCUGGGAUCCUCUCAGCUUCCAGUUGCUUAUGUGGAUGUGACAGGCAGCCGACCUAAGCCAGCCUACCCUCGUUUCAGAAAUUCCAGAGCCACAUGACUUAGGGGAUCCGAGGCUGGUGUCCCGUCCCAAGCCAGUGUUCCCUCCACCGCCUGCCCGUUCUGUGUUCUGAAGCCACAAAGAACACCGUUACGGCCAGGUGCAGGGUUUAUUAGCCCCGGCGGCAGCCACCCUCCUUGCGACUGAUGGCGGGGACGGCCAGCUGGCUGGCCUGUGGGCCGGGUCGGGCUCUGAACUCAGUCUGGGAGGUAAUAAAAGCAGACCGACACGCA